AUGCAAUUAAAUCUCACCAAAAAGAACCCACUCGCGGGUGGGAGCCAAAAGCGCAAAAAAGCCGUCUUCGACGAGGACUCCGACGACGAGCGCGGGGCCACCGCAAACGAAGCCGAGAUCACAACAGUGGGAGGGAUUGAAUUUGAUGCUGGAACCGCAAUGACGAAGAAGGAGUCAUUGACAGAAUCCAAUUCCGACGGACGCCCCGCAAAGCGCAAGGUCGUUCCGCUGGGCCAGGGCGCGAAACCGAAGAUCAAGCCGUUGAGCAAGGCGUCGAUAUUCGCAGACGAGGAUGACAAGGACGAAAAGACGGAGACAACAUAUGGGCUAAACAAUGCGCCGAAUAAACGCGACCAAAACCAAGACCGAGAACGAGAAUACACCAACCUUUCCGCGCUACAUGAAAGCAAGAAACAUGCCUCGGAGGCGCAGGAUCUCGAUCCGUCAAUAUACUCCUACGAUGCCGUAUACGAUAGUCUACAUGCGAAACCGGACAAGAAGAAUAAGGCGAAUGCGGAUGGUGAGGGUGUACCGAAGUAUAUGACAUCCUUACUACGGAGCGCGGAGAUCCGGAAGCGGGACCAGUUGCGCGCGCGGGAUAGGUUGCUAGCGAAGGAGCGAGAAGCCGAGGGCGACGAGUUCGAUGAUAAGGAGAAGUUCGUAACGAGUGCGUAUAAGGCGCAGCAGGAGGAGUUACGGCGCGUUGAAGAGGAGGAGAAGGCAAGAGAGCAGGAAGAGGAGGAGCGGCGGAAGAAGAACGGAGGGUCGGGGAUGGUCGGGUUCUACCGGGACUUACUGGCGCGCGGCGAGGAGCAGCACGACGCUGCUAUGAAGGCGACGGAGGAGGCAGCGAAGAAGAUACAAGAAUCCGGUGGGGAGGUGCCCGCGGAAACAACGGAGGAACAGAAGACGGAGGCACAGAAGGCUGCAGAACUGAACGCGCGCGGUGCUCAUAUCGUCGUCAAUGAUGACGGGCAAGUUGUCGAUAAGAGACAGCUGCUCUCGGCGGGUCUGAAUGUCGCACCAAAACCCAAGACUGCUGCACCUGCUGCGGCGCGAACGGGACCUGGUGCUGGUGCUGGUCCUAGACGGGUCGAUCCUCGACAGGCUGCUGGCCGUGCGGGACAGCGGGCUCGUCAGACCGAGAUGAUUGCGGAGCAGUUGGAAGAGCAAGAGCGGCAACGCGAGGAGGCCGAAGCAGCCCAGCAGAAGGAGAUUGCGGAGCGCAGUCGCAGUCAGAAAUCGGCCACAGAGGUAUCGAGUGCGCGCGAGCGGUAUCUUGCGCGUAAGAGGGAGCGAGAAGCAGCUGCGAAGGGCUCGUAG